ACUGGCGUACAGCCAUCAGAAUGAAAGAGAAUGAACCUGCAUGGAUAUGACGUUACUCCUGUGGUACAGUUCAGUCUAACUGCAUGGCGAUUGCAGCGGAAAGUUAAACUACGCAGCUGUCCAGGAACAGUUAAUUUACCACUGGCGCAGAAAACAUUUUAAAAAUAAGUUUGGACAAUGAAGAAAUUUGCGAGCAGAAAAGUUUUACCCAACACCGAACUGAACUAUGUGGAAUUCCAGAAACAACCCAUGCCGAACGCUGUGUAAGGAUUAACCUCUAAAUUCAGAUCUUUUUUUUCUUUCAUACGCAGGAGAGGUCUGUUUUAAGUUACAGGAUUUAAGUAUGGAGGACAAAGGCCCUUUGUUGACUUCAGCUAUUAUUUUCUACCUGUCCAUCGGGGCAGCAAUCUUUCAAAUUCUUGAAGAACCGAACUGGGAGAUUUCAGUUGCAACUUACACAACUCAGAAGGAAGAGAUACUUAAAACCUAUCCCUGUCUCAAGAAAGAGGACUUGGAAAAGAUUUUGAAGGUAGUGUCAGACGCUGCUGGGCAGGGCAUCGCCAUCACAGGAAACAAGACCCUCAGGAGCUGGACUUGGCCAAAGGCUGUUGUCUUUGCUGCCACUAUUAUCACCACCAUAGGUUAUGGGAACAUUGCCCCAAAAACUGUUGGUGGCCGGGUUUUCUGCAUCUUCUAUGGUCUGUUCGGAAUUCCACUGUGCCUCACCUGGAUCAGUGAACUGGGCACAUUCUUCGGGUCCAGAGCAAAGAAGCUGGGGCAUUACUUGAUCAAGAAAGACUUCACCGUGCGCAAAGCCCAGUUAGUCUGCAAUGCCGUCUUUGUCCUGUGGGGGGUGAUGGUCCACCUGGUGAUCCCUCCCUUCAUCUUUAUGCAUCAGGAGCAAUGGUCCUAUGUCGAGGGCUUGUAUUUUUCUUUCGUUACUGUGACGACCAUUGGCUUCGGGGAUCUAGUUGCAGGUGUUAACCCAGAUAUAGAUUACCCUGCACCAUAUCGCUGCUUUGUGGAGUUGUGGAUUUGCAUGGGCCUGGCCUGGCUCAGCCUGUUCUUCACCUGGAAUGUGAACAUGGUGGUGAGAGCCCACAAGGCCUUCAAGAAGAGAAGGAAGCAUCGAAGAUCAUCCCUGGAUGAACCACAGAACCACACAAAAGACAGCAAAACCCAGUGUCAGUGCCACACUGCUGCGGAUGAAGUCAACAUCUUCAAAUUCCUUUCAGAGAAACAGGAUGGAUACGCUGAGCUUGUCAUGAAGAUCGGGACAGAGAUGACAGAGAACAGGAUAGGGAAGGAGUUGGUGAGGUCUCAGAGCUGCAGUGACAUUCGUAAUUUUGGUAUCAUCCAAAAAUUGGAGCACUCACCCUUUCAUAAGAAACGUUUCAGCUUCAAGAACAUGGAUCUCUCCAAGAACAAAAGCCAACAAGGCUUAGAGAAUGAAAUGCUCCUGAUGGAUAAACACACAGACACCAACACGAAGGAGAGCAAGCUGGGCCAGAAUUCCAUGGAGGAGGCAGUUAUUGUGUGUCACUCCCAGUUGGGCACUCUUCAGAAUGCUAAGCGCUUCAUCGAUGAUGAACCGCCCUUGACCUUGGAUGGCAUUAAGACCACACCUUCCAACGAGCACAUGGAGUCAGGGAACAAACCUUCAGGGGAACAGUGAUAUUGUUAAAGAGGUGUCAUUUUUCAUUGUCAAUGGCUCUUACUACUGCCACUAUUUCCGGAAGCUGUUGGAGGACCAUACUUAGAUACUGAGACAUCUAUCACCGUGCGUUGUCCCCAUCUUCUGACCACAUCAAACGCAGUACCUCACGACAAGAAAAUGGCUGUUU